GCAUGAUGCCGUUUAUGAGUACCGGUACGUGUGCAUGUACUAUUCUAAAGCGCGUGACGAGUUGCUCCGUUUUCUUUGGUGCCGAAACAGUUGUACCUUAAGGUUAUGAGCGACUGAUUAAUAUAAACAAACCAGGUUUGUUUACCAUUUUUAUUUAAUUCAUCGGUUAAGAACGAGUAGCCGAUAGGCCUCUGAACCCGAGUGUUGGAAAUGUGUAAAAUGCGAGGCAGCGCUGGUAUGUUUGACGUUCAUGAGUUUUGCAAACGGUUACGUCGUCUGCUUGAUGGCAAUUAUUCUUGCCGCAAGAUUUUGUUGCUUCUAAUAAUUUUGGCAGCUGUCCUCUUGUAUGUCGGCUCAUCUCUGGCACAGUGGCUGUUUUCGGGCAGUAGGGAACCCAUUGAAGCCUACGAAGAUCACUGCAUCCGUGAAAGACUGGCUGGAUUCUACUUUGAUUCUGUCGAAUACAAUGCCAAUAUUCUAUUCGAUCCGCCGAAAGAUGAUCAAUAUCCUUAUUUGCCUUACGUAGGAAACGGCGUUUUUAGCGUCCCGAUUCAACAAGAAUCCAGGCUUUACAUAAAAAAUGGAAGAACCCUAUCUCUGCCAGUGAAGUGGCAACCAUUGAUCACUUAUCCAAUUUCCGAGAGUACUAUUUAUCGAGAAGCGACCGUCACUCAGUAUACGAAGGGCAUAGUUUAUAAAUACCAAUGCUUCAGGGAUGGACAUCAUAUACAAUACCAGUAUUAUGCUCACAGAGUUCUGGAAGGAAUCUUUAUCCAAGAGAUCAAAAUAUCCAAUCCUUCCGGCAUUUUGCAAGAGUUUCCAUUCAAAGCACAAGCACCUGUUUAUUGGACGGAUGCUCUUACAGAAACAAUCAAUAUUAUAGUGGAACACACAAAUCAUCCAUUUAACGUUGUAUCUGGCUUUGUCUCUAUACCCAAUUCUAACAAAAUUGUUGCCAUUUCCAUGGUUUACCAUGCUUUACCAAAAAAUAUACAAGUUAAAGCCAGAAGUUCCACGAAAGUGGAAUAUUUAACUAGUAUUUCAUACAGUGAACCUAUUUUAAUAGAUCAGUAUCAUAAGCAAAAAGAUUUAAUCAGAGAGAAAAGUGUUGAACACAUGAAAAAAGCUCUUAUUAAGCAGCACAAUCAAAGUUUGAAAGAAGAUCAUAUAAAUAUUUGGCAGCAGUUUUGGCAUUCUGGAGUACAAAUCAGCGAUUCAAAAGCCAUUGGAGCAAUUAAUGGUCAUCAAAUAAAUUCAACCAUUUAUUACGUGUUGAGUCAAAUACCAAAGGCAGUACCGGAUAUUGAAAAAAGUAUCAUAAACAAUGAAGGCUGUUACCAUGGUCAUCAUACUUUAAAUGCUCCACGUUUAUGGACAGACACUUCUACCAUUGAUGCAGUUAAUAGAUUAGUCGAGUCUUGGUUAAUAACAUUAGAAAAACAAGGGUGCUAUAAACUCAUGAAUGGUAAUCCUUCAGCCGUACUACAAGCAAUAGUCUUGAGUCUUGGAGGUUUCAGAUUUAGUAAUCAACAUUUAGAAUUUAAUAUUGAUCCGCAACAUUUGCAUAGGGAUUUCUUAUUCAGGAGGAUCAGUUAUGGAAACGUUACACAUUUGAAUAUUUCUGUAACUGUAAAUGAAGAUAACAGAGCAGUAUUGGCAGUUGCGUUGGAUAGAAGCAAUAGUGUUUACUUUGGAUGCGAUGCUGGCUGUCUUGACGAACCAGUUGCUCUUAGUAGAUCUUAUACGAAAUUUCCAGUGAAACUAACGACGCCAUUGACAGCAAUUUUAUAUAUAACAUCAGAUUAUCAGCAUAUGCAAGAAUUACGAAAUACUCUUCAUGUUCAUGCGGUCGAUGAAGCUCCGGCUCACGAUCAUAACAUAAUGGCCAUGCACAAGCAUGGACAUCAACUGGCUGGUUUGCCUACACUGUUCUGGUUGGCUAUAGCUUUUUUGAUCAUUGUGUUCCAUUUGUUUCUGUGCAAAUUGAUUUUCGCAGAGUUUAAAAGUCAAAAAGGUGUAAAAGUGCGGUACAACAAAAUAUAAGUAUUAACAGUGUACUUUAUAGAGUCUCUUGUUAUAUGUAUGUUGUGUAAGUAAUGAUAUAUAUUUUUGCACAUUUUUUAAAAAUGAGAGAGAUGUACAGGCUGCGAUAUAUUGUUAUA